AUGGUAGGACUUGGUGGCUGUCCACCUCCUAGUGGUUGUGCAUGCCCACCACCCCCUCCUGUUGUUGGUGGAUGUCUACCACCACCUCCUCCUUCUGUUGUUAGUGGACGUCUACCACCACCUCCUCCUAGUGCUUAUGCAUGCCCACUUCCACCACCUCCUCCUGUUGUUGGUGCAUGCCCACUUCCACCACCUCCUCCUCCUAGUGCUUAUGCAUGCCCACCUCCUCCUUCUCCUCCUGGUGCAUGCCCACCUCCCCCUGGUAGUUCUUCAAUAGUUAUAGACCAAGAAAAAAUUGUACAACAACAAGAAAAUAUAAAGGAAUGUUUAUUUGAAAAGAUUGUCAAAUGUCAAAAAGCGGCAGGAGAAUUUGUAGGAAUUGACACAUUAAUUAAAGAAAUAGAUAAGUUUAAGAACACACAAUUUGAUCAAACUGUUGUUCAAACAUUCUUUGUAGUUCAAUUACUAAAAGAGAAAUUUGUAGAAAAUAAAAUUGAAUGGAAGUUGCUUGUGAAGAAAGCAGAGAAAUGGUUAGAAAUGAAACAACCACUUCCUGAAGAAAUAAAAGCACAAAUCAUGUCAUUAGCUAAAUCAAUCAUUUUAAAAUAA